AUGUUUGCCGAUGACCUCCUCUUGUUCCUUGAAGCUGUCGAAGAUCAAGCUUCUUUGGUCAACUCGAUACUUUCAGUUUUUUUCUCUAUGUCUGGCUUUAAGAUUAGCCAAGACAAAACAUACAUUUUUUUUUUCUCAAAGAAUGUCACAGUCGAGCUUCGACAAGCCCUAGCUAGCACUAUGGGGUUUUCUGUUACCACUACCCUCGGGAAGUACCUCGGUGUACCGGUCUUGCACAGCCGAGUUACCAAUCACACUUACGCGAAUAUCCUUGAUAAGGCGGAUGCGAGGCUAGCCGACUGGAAGGCCGAUACGUUAUCUCUUGCGGGUCACCCCAUUCUUACGGAAUCAGUGGUCAGUUCCUUGUUGUCCUACACAAUGCAAACAUCUUGGCUACCCAAUGCGAUAUGCGACAGACUAGAAAAACGAUGCCGUAAUUUUUUGUGGGGGGACAAUAGCAUCAACAGAAAGAUUCAUCUGGUGUCCUGGGACAAGGUGUGUCAACCCAAAGGCAGAAGCAAUAUCGGCAUUAAAAGACAACGUGAGAUGAACAUUGUCCUUCUAACGAAACUCAGUUGGUCCAUGCUCACUAAACCAACGUCUCUAUGGGUCCGACUUCUGCUAGCUAAACACAAACUGACUCCUGAUUUGAUGAUGGCGGACUACGUGUUUCCCAAGGGUUCAACCUUCCUUCGCGCUAUGAGCAGGGUGUGGAAGUUUGUGAGAUCAGGAGUGCGGUGGUCUGUCGGGGAUGGAACAACUGCUUGUUUUUGGCGUGAUAAUUGGACAAACAACCCACAGCCCCUUCUUCGCGACAUGUUGGGUCCUGUUCUGAUCUCUCAACUGGAUUGGACAGUUAGCGAUUAUGUUACCACCUCGGGCCAAUGGUGA